AUGGACCGAGUCGCAGAAACUUCCAAGGAGGCAGAGGAUUCAAUCUCCCCGCAUGCCUACCAUACAAUGUCAGAAGUUACAAACCUGGACAAAUCCGGCAACCAAAUAGUCGCAGAGGCGACCUCAGCCGACGACGUGGAAAAGCAAUCCGAUACACAAAGUCUUCAGGCAGGUGUGCAGAGGGCAGAGAUACUGCGCAAAGGAUGGACGAAGAAGGGCCUAUAUAUGGCCUUUGUCGGUCUGUUCAUCGCAACGCUUGCAAUCAACUUCGGUGAUUAUUCCACCCAGGUCUACGUCCCGUACACCACUAGCGCCUUUAAGCAACACUCUGCAAUGAGCGCCGCUCGCGUAGUCAUGAACAUCACGCGCAUUGCUUCCUACCCUGUUAUUGCGAAACUUGGGGACGUCUUCGGUAGAGCUGAGAUGUUUAUUCUAGCCAUUGCAGCCUCCACGCUUGGCUAUGUCAUCUACGCUGCUUGCGAAGACAUCGCGCAGUAUAUGGUCGCUGGUAUCUUUGAAGCAAUCGGAUCAACAGGCUACGCACUCACACAGCAAGUUUUCGUCGCGGACGUUACCAACCUCGUCAACCGUGGUAUCUGGUCCACACUUCCCGAUUCCCUCACGACAGUCCCCACGUUAUACUUGGGCACGAUUGUUGCACAGCGUAUGCUCGACCAUUCGACCUGGCGAUGGGGUUGGGGCAUGUGGGCCAUCAUCACGCCAGUCUGCGCCGUGCCUUUGAUCGGAACAAUGCUAGUCUAUCAGCGACGCGCACCAAUCAAGGUUCCCAUUGCGAAAGCCAUGGGCUGGAAGGAAACCGAUACGUGGUAUCAGCGCGCCUACCGUCUCCUCUGGGUGGAGCUGGACCUACCGGGUGGUGUCCUCCUGUUGCUCGGACUGGCCCUAUUGCUGGUCCCCAUCGCCCUGACAGGUUCUAAUAACAGCAACGCGUGGCACAAGGGCAACUUCAUCGCCAUGCUAGUUCUUGGUGUCGUGUUUCUCAUUUCGUUCGUCAUCUGGGACGCCCGGUUCGCGAAGAAGCCGUUCGUGCCAUACCGCAUGAUCAAACAGCGUACCGUAGCAGCAGCAUGUCUCCUCGGUGCACUCGACUUCUUCCACUACUCGGUCUUCUCCGUCUUCUUCACCAGCUACCUCCAAGUCGCUGGACACUUCAACGCCGGCAACGCCACCAGAAUCGACAACUCCCUCCGCGUCGCCUUCCAAGUCUCGGGCAUCUUCGCCGCCUUCUUCAUGAAGUACACCAAACGCUCGCAAAUCUGGGUCCUCAUCGGCGUGCCCCUCUGCAUCCUGGGCAUGGGAAUCCUCCUGUACCUGGUUGACAUGGGCGACGGCCAAACCGGCAACGAAGCAGCCUUCGUGACGGCCAAAUCGCUCAUCGGCAUCGGGCGCGGCUUCUACCAAACCGCUGCCCAGGUCUCCGUCCAAGCUGUCGUCUCCCGACAGGAAGUAUCGGUCGUGACGGCCGUUUUCUUCGCGUCGAUGAGCAUCGGCGGCGCCAUUGGGACCAGCGUGGCUGGCGCCAUUUGGCGCAGUAAUCUGCCCCGCAAGCUGAGCAUGUAUCUGCCGGAUGAGGCGAAGGGCCAGGCGAAGUCGAUCUUUGGGUCCAUUGUGGUAGCCCAGAAGUAUCCUGUGGGUGAGCCUGUCAGAAUCGCGAUUGAUCGCAGUUAUCGGGAGUCCCAGCGGCUGUUGGCUAUUGCUGCUAUUGCGGCUCUGGCGCCUAUGCUGGUUAUUAUGUUCUUUUUGAAGAAUGUGCGUUUAGAUGAGAGGCAGACUGAGAAGGAGGAGGAGAGAGAGAUGGUGGAGCAGAAGAAGGGAGAUGCGGAAUGA